UGAGAAUAAAGGAGAUAUCAAUACACCUGAAAUAGGAUACAUGGAAGAAGUCGAGACUGAUAUGAAUGAAAGUCAGGAAGAACUUGAUCAAGAAAACGAAGAUGAAGAAAUUGAAUAUGUUGUAGAAAGACUAGAUGAUGAUAUAUUAGAAAAUCAAGAAGUUAAUGAGGACAAAAGCAUAGAAAUGGUCAAGGAUGAAGAAAUAUAUGUACAAAAAGAAGAAGUUGAUGAUCUUUGUGCACAGCUGCAGUCUGAUGAGGACGAUCCUAAACUUAUAGUAAAAAAGGUCAAAUUGCCUGAGGAAAAAUGUAGAGAUCCUUUAGCCCAAGCAAUGGCUCAUGUUCAUAGCGAAUAUUUAGAUGAAGAAGGAGAAGAAAUGGACAACUUAGAGAUGGAGGUAGAAAUGGUGGUAGAAUCUACGGAUCCUAUGAUUUCCGAUAGAGAAGAGACGUUAACAGAGACAUAUGAAGAAGCAAACUCAAUACAGGAAGCCAACAAAAGAUCUCUAGAAAAAUCUCAAGAAGAUAUAAAUAUUAAUUUAGUCCCAGCCGGUUCAUCAGUCAUACUAGAUUCGGGCACUGAACCGAUCAGUUUUGAAGCAGUCACGUCUAAGAUCGAUAACAAUAAUUCAAACAAGACUGUUACUUUAAUGUGCGGCAGCAAGACAUUUACAUUAAGUGGAGGUUCAUUCCAACCGGGCACACAGUAUGUGCUUACCAAACUCCAAAACAAACCAACCAUAAACGACUCAAAAACAAGAACAAUUAAGGUCACUGAAACAGAUAAGACAAAGUUGUCCGUUGCUUUGGGAUCAACUUCCAACAUUAAUCAAACGUUAUUUACACCGAGCACCGGAGAGUCACCUGUACCUGGUACUAGCCAGAUCUCGGUUGUUUGUGAAACCAAAACUCCGAAUAGAAAAAUUUCUUUUGGAAAGCAGACACUAAAAAGGGAAUAUAAAAAGAUGAAUCUUACAACACAUGUAAUUGACUCUACUAAAGGACUUCCGGUCGCUGGCUUGCAAGUUUGUGUAUACAAAUUGAUGGACGGCAAAUGGACCUUCUUGAAUGAGAGCACUACAAAUAUAGAAGGCCGUUGUAAUGAUUUGGUGGACAAAGUAAGCUGUCCGGCCGGUCGUUACAAGAUACAUUAUGACGUUGAUAAAUAUUUUUCAGUGAGGAAAAUAGAUACUCUGUUUCCAUUUAUCGAAAUCAUAAUCGACGCAAAGAAUCCAAAUACUCACUAUCAUCUGCCUCUUUUAUUGAGUCCAUUCGGUUAUACGACUUAUCGUGGCAGCUAGACAUUUCAAAUGCUCACAUUGUUAUAAUACAAAAAACCAUCGAUAUAAUACAAAACCAUAUAUUUUUGUGCAAAUAUUUAAAAAAAAAAAGAUCUUCAAAAGAAAAUCUACCAUCAAGUUUGCGAUUUUUACAGAAAAUUUUAAAAAUAAAAACUUAGG